AUGGCAAGAGGGGUGAUGACUUCCUGCCCGCGUGCCCUGCAGUCGCACGCGCAGGGGGGGGGGAGCUUGGAGGUUCAGAGGGAGGCAGGAGGGGAUCUGCAGCACCAGCCCCACCUGCCCCCCCCCCCUUUCUCCUCCACCCCUGCUGCGGGUGCAGCAGUGGGGGGAGGGGAUCUGCAGCAGCAGUGGGGGGAGGGGAUUUGCAGCAUCAGCCCCCCCCCCCCCGCCCUUUUCUCCUCUCUCUCUCCCUGCCGCACCCUGUGUUGGGAGAUGGGGGGGAGCUUGGAGGUUCAGAGGGAGGCAGGAGGGGAUCUGCAGCACCAGCCCCACCUGCCCCCCCCCCUUUCUCCUCCACCCCUGCUGCGGGUGCAGCAGUGGGGGGAGGGGAUCUGCAGCAGCAGUGGGGGGAGGGGAUGUGCAGCAUCAGCCCCCCCCCCCCCCCCCCCCCUUUUCUCCUCCACCCCUGCUGCGGGUGCAGCAGUGGGGGGGGGGGAUCUGCAGCAGCAGUGGGGGGGGGGGAUCUGCAGCAGCAGUGGGGGGGAGGGGAGUUGCAGCGUCAGCCCCCCCCCCCCCCCCCCCCGCCCCCGCUUCUCCUCCAUCCCCCUGCUGCGGGUGCAGCGGUGGGGGGGAGGGGAUCUGCAGCCCUGUGCUGCCCUGCAGCCCUGCGCGCCCUGCUGUCCUGCUGCCCUGCGCGCCCUGCGCGCACUGCAGCCCUGCACGCCCUGCUGCCCUGCUGCCCUGUGCGCCCCGCGCGCCCUGCAGCCCUGCGCGCCCUGCUGUCCUGCUGACCUGCGCGCCCUGCGCGCACUGCAGCCCUGCGCGCCCCGCGCGCCCUGCUGCCCUGCAGCCCUGGGCGCCCUGCUGCCCUGCAGCCCUGUGCGCCCUGCUGCCCUGCUGCUGCCGCUACAGCCCUUGCUAUUGCCGCUACAGCCCUUGCUGCUGCCCUGCGCGCCCCGCGCGCCCUGCAGCCCUGCUCCGCCCCGUGCGCCCUGCAGCCCUGCGCGCCCUGCGCGCCCUGCUGUCCUGCUGCCCUGCGCGCCCUGCGCGCACUGCAGCCCUGCGCGCCCCGCGCGCCCUGCUGCCCUGCAGCCCUGUGCGCCCUGCUGCCCUGUUUUCCCCGCGCGUCCUGCUGCCCUGCAGCCCUGUGCGCCCUGCUGCCCUGUGCGCCCCGCGCGCCCUGCAGCCCUGUGCGCCUCGCGCGCCCUGCUGCCCUCUGCACGCGCCAUGCACAACCCCCCCCCCCCUCCCUUCUCCUACCUCCCCCUACUGCGGCACCUGUAG